AUGAACAAGCAAAACCGCCGCGGACUACAGUUGCAGUUGUUUCCAUACAGCAGGAGUAUCGCUCAGCGAGAUACAAUGAGAUCUAUUGCGGACCAGAAGACGAAUUGGGUGGUGCAGAAGUUCGGUGGAACCAGCAUCGGCAAGUUUCCCACGAAUAUCGUCAAUGACAUUGUCAAGGUGUUUUCGCAUGACUACGGAAAGAACGUGGCGGUCGUGUGUUCCGCACGGUCCUCGUAUACCAAGUCGGAGGGUACAACCUCGCGACUACUGAUGGCGUGCGACGCGGCAGCCAGCUACGAUGAGACGUUCCAGGACAUUGUCCGGGUCAUCCGCGAAGACCACGUGGAGAAUGCAUCCCACCAUAUCAAGGACGCUGAGAUCCGCGUGCGGCUGGUUGAGCAAACCAACGACGAGCUGGACCAGGUGGAGCGCUACCUGCAGGCUUCGCAGAUCUUGGGCGAGGUGUCCAACCGUACUAUGGACUUGGUCAUGUCUGUGGGUGAAAAACUGUCCUGUUUGUUCCUCACGGCGCUAUGCGAGGACUGUGGAGUGACGGCAGAAUACGUGGACUUCUCCUCUAUCGUUCCGACCGAUUUUCGGUGUGCGGAGGGAUCACUGGAUAACAGCUUCUAUGCGCUUCUCGUGGUUGCCUUCAAGGAGCGGCUAGCGCAGAUCGUUCAAGCAAACAAGGAGGGUAAAAGAAUAGUUCCCGUGAUUACUGGGUUCUUCGGGCUACUUCCAAUGGGUCUGCUCAACGGUGUCGGGCGUGGGUAUACGGAUUUGUGUGCCGCUUUGGUUGCCGUGGCUCUCAACGCAGACGAGCUGCAGGUGUGGAAGGAGGUGGAUGGGAUUUUCACCGCAGAUCCCCGCAAGGUACCACAGGCCCGGCUUUUAGAAACAGUUACGCCAGAGGAGGCUGCCGAACUUACGUACUAUGGUUCUGAAGUCAUCCAUCCCUUCACUAUGGAGCAAGUUAUCCGCGCUAAGAUUCCAAUUCGUAUAAAGAAUGUCCAGAACCCAACCGGUGACGGCACGGUCAUCUACGCUGAUAACAUAGCCAAAAAAGGCGAGUCUACUCCUCCACAUCCGCCAAUCUCUGUAUCUUCUUCUUUCUUCGAACAGAGAAAGAGAGGCGCGACCGCCAUCACCACCAAAAAUGACAUCGUCGUUCUGAACAUACAUUCGAACAAGAAGACACUGUCGCACGGCUUUUUAGCUCAGAUCUUUACUAUCCUAGACAACUACAAAUUGAUUGUCGAUCUGAUUUCAACCAGCGAGGUCCAUGUCUCCAUGGCGUUGCCUGUUCCAGACUCGGAUUCGCAACGGAGUUUGCGCAACGCUGUUGAAGAAUUGAAAAAGCUCGGUACUGUUGACUUGAUAAAAAAGAUGGCCAUUGUGUCUCUAGUUGGUAAGCAAAUGAAGCACUUUAUCGGUAUUGCGGGCGCUAUGUUCACCACUCUAUCGGAACAAAAUAUCAACAUAGAAAUGAUCUCCCAGGGUGCAAAUGAGAUCAAUAUUUCCUGCGUUAUUGACGAGAAGAACAGCGUGCGUGCUCUCCAGUCCAUCCAUGCAAAGCUGCUUGAGCCUCUAGCACCGACUUCGUCGGGCGCUGUACUCAAUGGUCGUUUGGAACAGCUGAAAUCGCUCGACCUCUCGUGA